ACCAACAUGGCGGCGCCCAGCUGAACCAGUCGACCCGUCUCCGGAGGAGCAGCUCGGUUCACCGGACGGACAGCAGCAAGUAUUCAGAGUUCUUCUUCUUCUCUCUUGUCCGCCGGGCCUCGGCGCCAUCAUGUCCCGGCUGGCGGUGGUGUUUGGAGGCUCGCGGGGCAUCGGGGGGGCGGUGGCCCGCCUGCUGGCCCAGAGGGGCUGCAGGGUGGCCGUGGUCUCCAGGAACCAGGAGGCGGCCCGGACCGCCAUGGGGUCUCUACCUGGAGGCGGCCACGUGGCUCUGGGCUGCGACGUCUCCGACCAGCAGGAGGUCCAGAGGAGCUUCGAGGAGAUCCAGAAGACCUGCGGAGACAUCUCGUACCUCGUGAACGCCGCCGGCGUCAACAGGGACGCUCUGCUGCUGAGGACCAGGCCGGAGGACAUGGUGUCGGUGCUGCACACCAACCUGCUGGGCAGCAUGUUGACCUGCAGGGCGGCGCUGCGGAGCAUGCUGCGCACCCCGGGAGCCGCCAUCGUUAACAUCGGCUCCGUGGUGGGCCUGAGGGGCGGAGCCGGCCAGUGUGUGUACAGCGCCAGUAAAGCCGGCCUGCAGGGCUUCACGCUCUCUCUGGCCAGAGAAGUGGCUUCACGGGACGUCAGAGUCAACCUGCUGGCUCCAGCCCCGCCCCCUCUCGCCCCUCCAGGCUUCAUCCGCACCGACAUGACCUCCGGGCUGACGGAGGCGGUGGCGGCGCGCUCGGUGCCGUUGGGGCGGUUCGGCGAGCCGGAGGAAGUCGCCCGGGCCGCCCUCUUCCUGCUGGAGUCGCCCUACGUCACCGGACAGGUGCUGGUGGUGGACGGAGGUCUGCGGCUGGCCGUGUAGGGGGAGGAGACUCCUGUGAGGGGGAGGAGCCUCUAGUUUCUUCUUCAUUUUUUUUCUUUACGAGCCAGAAGAUGAUAAAAAAUUAAAAAAAUUAUCUAGCA